ACAGGUGACGAAUGCCGCAUCAUCUUGUUCGAAGAGCCGAUCGCAAAUAAAGCAAUCAAGGGGCACGUGAUCUGGAGUAAGGAGGUACCUAACGAGGGGAGUUGCCGUAUGAUGUGUUAUAUGGAGCCUAACUGUGUGUCCAUUAACGUGCGACCAUCACAAGGCGGAAAAUACAAAUGUGAGUUGAAUAACGCCACAGCUGAUGUAAUCUCCCUCGAAAACUGGGACACUGCCUACUAUCUGGCUGUUGAGGUAAACUGUAUUCUAGCUUAGUACAUUGAAGAAAACCUGAUAGACAAAGAAAAGAGAAAUCUUUCAGGGAAAAAAGAAGAAGGGCUUAAAGCAGACUUAACCCAAAUUUUCUGUCAAGUGGAGACCAGGCCAGUUCAUCCUCGAGCAAAGGUAUAGGGCGCUUUACGACUGGGUGUUUUGAACCAGAAACAGAUCAAUCUCUACAGCCAACAAGACCAACGUAAAAGAUGAGAAAUAAAUUAAUGUAAACGAGCACAAACUGCUUUGAGUGCACGCAGUCAAACGCACGCGUAAAAAAACGGCGACUAUCGUUUAAGCUUUAAUCUGAUCACAGGUGCCCAAGCUCCAGCUGUGAGAUGAUCAUCUUGCGAAAUAAGAGCCAUGGCGAAAUUAUAAGAGUUUGUAUGGGAAUAUUUACGACCGCUCUUAGGAAUAAAAAAUACGUAGUAAACCUAGAAAUGGAUAACUCGCUAAAAUGGGUUCUUUUCAACAUAAUAAACGGUCCGAUAGCAAGCGAUGCACUGUGGAAGUAAGGUGAGGUAUUUUUAUUAAGAAUUUGACUGUAUUUUUUAUUCCUAAGAGUGGUUGUAAAUAUUCGCAUACAAAUUCUAAGAAUUAUAAUUCGCCAUGACUCUUAUUUCGCAAGAUGAUUAACUCACAGCUGGAGCUUGGGCCGCCUGUGAUCUGAUUAGCUAGGACUGCCGUGGUAUGUGUUUUCUGGACCAAUCGCAAAGGGUAGUGAUGCAAGACCGUCGAAUCAGAGUCAUUUUCAUGUUCAUUGUUCUUUAAAGUUGUUUGACUUGUAAAUCAUAUUGCUUAAUUCUUCUUAGAAUCCCUGUCGUAGCAACCCAUGUUAUGAUGGCAGUACCUGUCAAGUUGGAUUCACAGGGAAAGGUUUUCGCUGCAUUUGCCCCAUUGGAUUCCCAUCAAUAAAAUGCUUCAAAGGUAUUGUUACAUGUUUUCUCUUACCGAAUACCUGAUAUUUUUUUGCUUCAAAACUAACUCUUAUAUAAGCUGGUCGAAGAGAAGUCAUCUUUCUUACUAUACAUACAAAAGAUUAGUUACAAUGAAAUAAAUGAUACCAGCUUUGACCUGCGGAAAAGGAAAGAGCUUUGCAAGUAAGCCACAACUGAUACGAUUGCGGUAAUUAAAGAAGCCUGGAAAAAUUCGGACUUCGACAGUAUUCAGGAGGCAUGGGUUCGAAUCUUGACGAAGUCUUCUUUCUUUUUUUCCGGCCUCUUAACUUUUCUCUAAUCGCUUUAACCGUGGCUUAUUUGCGAAGAUCAUUUCUUUGCCUGUGUAACAAGAUUAAAUUUUUCCCCAUGUCAGUCUAAGCGUUAAUAUUGGAACAAUAGUUUCCAGGAAAAAAUUUAGGGAAUGUAUUGAAACGCACACGAGUUAUUCAUAAAAACGUAUUUUUGAACAGAAUUAUUUAGUCCACCAAAAUGUGAAUAGUCAAUUACGACAUGUCAAUAUAAAUGACUCCCGAAGGGUUUCUUGCGGCAAAACAUCCUGGUCCUUGAAUUUCAAUUGCGUAAACAUCUCCUGGUUCAUUUGCACGUGGAGAUCUUUGCUAUCUGUCUGCGAAUUCAACUAGAAAGUGAAUGGAGAAAGAUCAAUAGGAGAAGAGGUGAAAGUGAAAAAGAAGCCUGGCUGUCAGCAGAAGAAGUUAACAAAUUCGAUCGUGGUUUAGGCAAUCUUGGCUGCUCGCAUUCGAUCAGCAAGUUUUUCCGCGCCGCUCUUAAGUUGAAAAAAGGUAGUUGAAAUCAAGACUUCCAUUCAACAGAAUAGAAUUAAUGGUCUGUCUCGAUAUGUUACCACGAGUUACCCGCAAAAUAAGUUUUCGCUGAGAGUCUUCUGAGACUCUGCAGGGCGCUUCUGUGAUUCAAUUAGUUUCUCAGAGUUUCUCAGUGUUGACAUAACUCGACGUGUGGUCACCCAAAGAUGUGAAUUGUUGGGAAAACUUUAGAAGCAAAAAGAACCAACGUAAUUCGUUUUUACGCGAAUGUGCCUUCUUUGAACGAUUUAAUAGGGUUAUAAACUUUACGUAUUUCCUUGAAGUUUGGUCCGAAGACUCCCAAGAUACCAACCUAAAAGACCAUAUGGGGGAAUUCCGUUUUUCAAAAUGAUCUCUUUCGGUGGCCUCCGACGCAAUGCGUAUUGUUAAAACUUUGAUCACAAACUUGACAGAUAAAUUGCAAAGUAACCGAGUAGAAUAUCGAAAAAUCCUCACAUGGUGUUGAAGACCAACCCCACACGAUUGAAACUGUGCAAACAUUUUUAUUUAUGCUAUCAGAUUUGAUACGCGAUUAAUUCUCUCAAAGAAACAUCGUCCAUUUGGAUUGGAUCAAGCUUAAAACGAAAUAGUUUUUGUCGAAUAGUGCAUUUUAUAACCUUCCCAUUAAUAUAUAGUUUAUGGUAAUUAUGCCUCAAAUAGCGCGUUAAAUCUUUUUUUUUUGUGAAGGGCAUCCGCGAAGGUGUACUGUAUCCUUAAUUGUGGUUAAGGAAUCUAACCGUAAACCUUUCUUCUUACUAUUAGCCAAAUCUUGCAGCGACGUGAAGAUGCUCGAUUCAACUGUGAAAACCGGCCCGUAUGUCAUUGACUCUGACGGUGAAGGAAAAUUGAAGCCAUUUAACGUCACGUGUAACAUGACCGACAAGGACGGUGUUGGCGUGACAGUCAUAAGUCACGAUAGCGAAAACAAAACACAAGUGGACAAAUGUAAAGACCGAGGCUGUUACUCACGUAACAUCUCCUAUACAGGAGCGAGCUUUCCUCAACUGGCGAGUCUCACCAGGGUUUCUAAGUACUGUGAACAGUUUAUAAAGUACGAGUGUAAAGCCUCAAAAAUAUUCGCUAAAAAAAUAUCCUCGAAGGCCCGAAACAGAUCUUACGCCUGGUGGAUGUCACGUGACUCCAUCAAAAUGACCUAUUGGGACGGAGCAGACGCUAAUAGUGAUAAGUGCGCAUGCGGGAUAGAACGCACUUGCGUAAACAGAACACUUCGAUGCAACUGUGAUACGAAUGACGAGGAAUGGCGCGAAGACAGUGGCCUCCUCACUAACAAGACGCAUUUGCCCGUCAGGCAGCUGAGGUUUGGAGAUACAAAUCGGAAUAAAGAGGAGGGUCACCAUACCUUAGGAAAGUUUAAGUGCUAUGGAAUUGCUUAG